UACAUUUUAUAAUUAUACACACACUCUCUCUCUGGUUUUCUCUUUCUCUCUCUAACAUUUCGUACCCGACCCGUUUAGAAAAUGGGUUCGCUCCAAAACCUCUGAGAACCAAAAAAAUGGGCGGUGAACAGCGAGAAACCACCGUCGAGCUCAUCUCCUUCCUGAUCUCCCUCUCUCACUCCAUCAGAGUCUUCUCCGGAAGAUGGCAGCUCAUUCGCAACAAGCUCGAAGACCUCCGUUCUUCGCUCACCGCCGGCGACAGCCACUCACUCUCCGGCGUGUCCCCGGCAAUAGCAACCACCGUGGAGGACUGCCACGAGCAGGCUCAGCGGUGUCUGGAUCUGUCAUACAGCGGGAAGCUUCUGAUGCAGAGUGAUUUGGACGCGAUUUUGGGGAAAUUGGAAGGGCACGUGAAGAAGCUCAACGAGAUUCACAGGAAGGGUUUUCUCUCAAAUGGGUAUGCUGUGGUUGUCUCAAAACCUGGACUUGCUGCUUCCAAAGAGGACAUGAGGUUCUACCUCAGAGACUUGCUUACCAGAAUCAAGGUCGGUGAUUGUGAAAUGAAGAAGCAGGCUCUGGUGAAUUUGUACGAGGUUGUUGUCCUGGAUGAAAAGUAUGUCACACUGAUGCUUCAAAUUGCUGAGUUUGUUCAUGUGCUGUUGGAUUUUCUCGGUUCCGGCGAGGCGGAGAUUCAGGAUGAGGCUAUCAAGGUGGUUUCUGUUGUUGCAGGGUUUGAUUAUGGUAAAGGGGUUUUGGUUGCUGCUGGGGUGAUUGCCUCGUUGAUUCGGGUUUUGGAAUGUGGGAGUGAGUUGGGGAAGGUUGGUGCUGCUAGGUGCUUGCAGAAGUUGACUGAGAAUUCGGAUAAUGCUUGGUCUGUUUCAUCUCAUGGGGGUGUCACUUCCUUGUUGAAGAUUUGUGACUCUGUGGAUUGUAAAGGGGAAUUGAUUAACUCAGCGUGUGGGGUGUUGAGGAAUCUUGCUGGUGUUGAAGAAAUUAAGAGGUUUAUGGUUGAGGAAAAUGUGGUCUCCACGUUUAUCAGGCUUGUGAGAUCCACGGAUGAAACAGUUCAGGUGAGUUCUGUGGAUUUCAUUCAAAACAUUGCCUCUGAGGAUGAAUUGGUUAGGCAGAUGGUGGUUAAAGAAGGUGGGAUUCGUGUGUUCUUGCAUGUUUUGGAUCCUAAAUUGACUUGUUCAUCUAAAACAAGGGAGGUUGUGAUGAGAGCUAUUGAGAAUUUGUGUUUUUCUUCACCUGGUUCUGUAAGUAUUUUGAUAACUUAUGGCUUUGUGGAUCAAUUACUAUAUUAUGUUAGAAAUGGAGAAGUUUCAAUUCAAGAGCUGGCGUUGAAAGUGGCAAUUAGACUGUAUGGAACAUCAGAGGAGGCUAAGAAAGCGUUGGGAGAUGCGGGAUUCAUGGCAGAGCUUGUUAAGUUUCUAACUGCAAAAUCAUUUGAAGUUCGCGAAAUGGCAGCUGAGGCACUCUCUGGCAUGGUUAUGGUGCCAAAAAAUAGAAAAAGGUUUGUGCAAGAUGAUCAAAGUAUUGCUCUUCUUCUGCAAUUGCUGGAACCAAAUGAGGGAAACUCAAAUAACAAAAAGUUUUUGAUCUCCAUCUUAAUGUCAUUAACAAGCUGCAACAGUGGGAAGAAGAAGAUUGUUAGUUCUGGAUAUGCCAAAAAUAUAGAGAGACUUGCAGAAGCUGAAGUUUCUUCUGAUGCCAAGAGACUUGUUAGGAAGCUAGCCACAAACCGGUUCCGCAGUAUGCUGAGUGGAAUCUGGCAUUCUUGAAUGUAAUUCUUUUCUCAUCCCCUUUUAACUGUAUAUCUUACAUAAAUUUGUUCCAAGUUUUGCUAAUUCGAUUUCUA